AUGGCUUAUGCUGCUCUUUCUUCACUUCUGUAUACAUUGGAACAACUAUUCAAACCUAAUCAAUCUUUCGUUUGUCGAAGCUACACGCAACAUGUUCAAUCUCUCUAUCAAAAUCUUUCUGCUCUGCAAGAUCUCCUUGACGAUACUACAAAGGAUACUGAAACUCUUAAGGUUAUAGAAAUGAGGAUCAGAAAUGUAGUAUACAAAGCGGAAUAUAAAGUUGAUUUAUGUCUACGAAGGAUCAUUCUAGCAGAUCGUGAGGACAAGCGGGAAAAGGCUUAUACAUCCUUUUAUGAAGAAUUGUUGAAAGUGAAAGGACAAGUUUAUUUUCUCCACAAAGAGGUGAUGCAGAUUAAUGUUAAAAAGCAUGGAAGCAAAUCUGCAGAAUCAGCAACAACUACCUACUCACCAGAAAAAAGUACAAUUGAGGGAAAUACUAUUUUUGGGAUGGAGGAUGACUUCAACAUCAUACUUGAUCGCGUCACUGCCCAAACAGACGAGUUAACUGUCAUACCAAUUUUUGGUAUGGGCGGUAUCGGUAAGACAACUCUUGCCAGAAAAAUUUAUGAUGAUUCAUCUAUUUGUUCUCGAUUUGAUAAACAUGCAUGGGUCACUAUCUCCGAAGAAUACAAUCAGAGACAAAUGCUUCUUGAAGUAGCCUCUUCAAUUACCGGAAGCAAACAAGAAAUGAGUGAUGAUGAACUAAUGGAGAUUGUGUAUAGAGGCCUGAAGGGUAGGAGAUUCCUAAUUGUCAUAGAUGAUAUUUGGAGUACCGAGGCAUGGGACCAAAUGCAAAGAAUAUUUCCAAAUGAUGACAAUAAAAGCCGAAUUCUAUUAACCACACGGCUCAAGUAUGUUGCUGAUUAUGUCAACUGCCCUGAUUUUCCACCUCAUAGUAAGUCUUUUCUAAGUCUAGAAGAUAGUUGGAAUCUAUUUACCGAAAAAUUAUUCAAAAAGAUCACUGUCCUCCUCUUCUAG